UGCGGCGCGUCCCGCCCGGCCGCCGCUAAAUGCUGAGCAGGAUGGAGGAGUUUCCGAGCGAGGAAGAGGAGCCCUGGUACGACCAGCAGGACCUGGAGCAGGACUUGCAUUUGGCGGCCGAGCUGGGGAAGACGCUGCUGGAGCGCAACAAGGAGCUGGAGGACUCGCUGCAGCAGAUGUACGCGACCAACGAGGAGCAAGUGCAGGAGAUCGAGUACCUGACAAAGCAGCUGGAGAUGCUGCGGCAGAUGAACGAGCAGCACGCGAAGGUCUACGAGCAGCUGGACCUGACGGCGCGCGACCUGGAGCUGGCCAACCAGAAGCUCGUGCUCGAGAGCAAGACGUCGCAGCAGAAGAUACAGUGCUUGACAGAAACCAUCGAGGGGCUGCAGAACCAAGUGGAGGAGCUGCAGAAGCAGGUGGAGGAAAUGCGGAGCUUGGAGCAGCUGCGCAUCCGGCGGGAGAAGAGGGAGCGGCGCCGCACGAUCCACACCUUCCCCUGCCUUAAGGAGCUGUGCUCCAGCCCCAGGUACGAGGACGCAUUCCAGGUCCAUAGCUCUUCCACGGAGUUCAACCAGAAGCCUCUGGAGCGGGAGAACGAGCGUCUGCAGGCCAUGGUGAACUCCCUGAGGUCCCAAGUGAACCAGGAGAAGCAGCGGAAGGAGAGGGUGGAGCGAGAAUACACGUCGGUCAUUCAGGAGUACUCGGACCUCGAGCAGCGAGUGUGCGAGAUGGAGAACUGCAAGCUGCGCAUCAAGGAGCUGGAAGCGGAGCUCCUCGAGCUGCAGCAGAUGAAGCAAGUCAAGAAGUAUCUGCUCAGCAGAGAAGACAACUUGUCGGAGGCCCUCCUGGAGCCGCUGAAUAACGCCCCAGAGGCGGACUACAUCGACCUCUCUGAGGAAGAAGGAGGGAAAAGCCACGGGCCGUCCAUGACGCCCUCCCCGAACCACCCGGUGCGCAAGAGCUGCAGCGACACGGCCCUCAACGCCAUCGUCACCAAGGAUGCCGUGAGCCGGCACGAGGGCAACUACACGCUGCACGCCAACAACGUGCGCAAGCGGGGCAUGUCCAUCCUGAGGGAGGUGGACGAGCAGUACCACGCGCUGCUCGAGAAGUACGAAGAGCUCCUGAGCAAGUGCCGGCAGCACAAGGACAGCGUGCGCCACGCGGGCGUCCAAACGUCCCGCCCCAUCUCUCGUGACAGCUCCUUCAGGGAUUUCCGGGGAGAGGGGCAUGAGCUGGAAGAGCGGAAAACCAUGGAGAAGACCAUCACCAAGCACGUGGAAGCCGUGGACAAGCGGCUGGAGCAAAGUCAGCCCGAGUACAAAGCUCUGUUUAAGGAGAUCUUCUCCCGCAUCCAGAAAACAAAAGCGGACAUCAAUUCAACAAAGGUGAAAAACAAGAGCAGCAAAUGAGUCCUGGCUCUGCAGGUCCUACCUGCAAUCUCAUCAGCCAGGUCUUCUCUUUAGCCCCAGGAAACGUUCUGUGGCCCCACUGCUUUGAAGGUUCGUGAGAUCUCAUGUUAUAUUCUUGUACGGGAAGGAGACUCUUAAAGCAAGAAAAUGUCACGGAGACUCAAGUCACUUUUUUAAGCUAGGGCUCUGGGCAACUUGUUGGGAAAAAAAAUUGUACAUGGUAGUUAGAGGAUUUGAGAAACUGAACGAUGAAUCUCUGCAUGAGUUGCUGCCGCAGCCAGAAAUCACAACAGCAACAAAACCCACAUCUCAAAAAAGAAAACCGAUCAUUUCCUCCCUCCUUUUCAGCUUGUCUUACAGCCUCUCUGAUUAUCUGCAAGCAAAAGCCUGGAUGUCCUCCAGUGUUCUGCGCCAGCUGGAGUGCAGUGCUACAAAAUAAAACUGAAAAAGCCAUCGGAACUUCAGGGGCCGCUUGGGAGCAUCAGCCCAACCCCUCCCCUUUGGCUUUAUGGCUAAGAACCUGUGCUUAAACCCGAGAGACCUUCACCUAACCUUCCCCUUCCCUAAAGGGCAGUAUGUUCUUGCUAUCUAAGCCAUUCUCUUAGCAGUCAGGUUUUUCAGCUCUUUACAAUGCAAGCGCAUCGCAACUGGACAAACUUGAAGAGAAACAUAGAACCGGUUGUCCUGUCUCCAUCAGCAUCGCCCGGUACUUCAGCCCAUCCUCUCCAGGCUUUGCAGGCGAACGGGAUCCCCUUGCUUGAAAUCCGCCCCGAUCCCUGGGCGCAGGUCACUCGCUGCGCAAGGAGGAACCUGAUGAGCAGGGCUUUCCUAUAAGCCAGGCAACAAGUGCUAUUACAGCAUCGGAGGCAUCAGCCCUCCGUGCUGUUCAAGAGGCUGCCGUGGCCCCAUCGCCACGAGCUCCUUGGAUAUACAACCUGCAUGGGCUUCCAAACCCGCCCGCUAGACUCACCCGCAGGAGGAGGAGAACAGCAAAGCACCACGUAGAGCAGCAAGAGCCCCAGCCCGGCCCUGCCGCCGACCCCAACCCGCCCCUCGCUUCUGCUCUGAAUACCCUUCCCAGAGGAGACGACGGAUUUCAGUUUCUGCUGAAAAACAAUCGGCCUCGGCCGAGUUUCUAUCUCCCCGGGUUGCACCUCUCAUACUCCAGUUCCCUUUCCAGCACUGAGAUCUCCUCGCUGCUGCAGACACACACACACACACAGCCAGACGGCCACCGCAGUCUCAGGAAUCACCAGUUUCCAUUUUUCGUAGUCUACAUGUUGACCGUGCUAGGUCAGGCGUGCGUUUUAGGCAGAGAAGCAGCAUUUCAUUACAGCUUAGGCACCAUCCAGAGCGCUGAGCCACAGACAUUAUUAAUACAAAUAAAAACAAAAGCAAUUCUGUAUAAGCUACCUAUCCUGUACCUGCCUGGAGAAACUUUAGGCCAGAUUUGGAUUCUCUAUCCACCCAUUUACAUCCUCCCAAAAUCCCAAGAUUAGGGAUUUUUAUUAUAUUGACUAAAAUAAAUCCCAUUUUUGAAGGGGAAGGCCAUAAAAAUGUAAUUACAAUCCAAAUCUAGGGCCAUAACAUUUUGAGGAGCUACCUUUCUUUCACUCCCAGUGGCAUUAAUAUUGCAAAUAUGCCCCUCUCAGCCCUUUCUUUGCU